ACACGGCAACAAAAUUAAAACCCAAAGAGAUUUUCUUUGGUAUAAAAGAUGGUGAAGAACGCCCACUUGAUAUGGAUCAAAUUUUGGCAAAUAGAAACAAGAUAUACGAUGACGUUGUCAUGCAAUUGGAACGAACCCAGAAAAAGGAUCUAGAUCAACACAAUCAAAAUAGAGAAGAGGAACCUGAAUUGCAGGAGAACGAGAAAGUGUUCCACAAAGUGCAAGGAAUCAAAUGUAAAACCAAGAAAAAAUUUGACGCGGUUCAAGUUAUCCAGAAUAGAAAUAAAACAUUCAUAGAUAACUCGAAUCGCAAAUUACAUAAAAAUAAUUUAAAAAGACUUCGUAAAUAACGCUAACUAUUUCUAUUUUUAGGAAAACCAUGCUGAUCUUAACCAUCCUAAUUCCACUGUCCAUUAUGAAGACCACGCAGACGCAGACUAUACAAAUACAGGACCUUUCGAACAACCCAGGACUACUGACGAUAAAAACAGGACAAAGCCUCAUCAUUAAUAGUUACGACAGACUAUACCACGAAGUCGACCUUACCCAAUACGGUAAUGUAUUGGUACAAGUUGAAAGAAUUAUUUCAGGCCUAAGAACUUUUCAGUCCUUUCACGAUAUAACAGAAUUACUGACGAGAAAAUUUCAAGAUGUUUCAAAAUUGUACUAUAACCUUUUACCACAUAGAAGAGCUAGAAGAGGUGCAUUUAAUUUGUUAGGAUCAGGUAUCAAAUUGAUUACAGGGAAUCUUGAUGAAAACGACCUUAUAGAAAUAAAUCAUGAUAUUCAAAACUUGAAAUCAAAAAGCCAAUCAUUAAUUAAACAGAAUAACGUACAGGUAGCCAUCAAUGAAAGGAUUGAAAAGCAACUAAACGAGAUGACAGAAAGCUUCAACAAACACCAAAAUGCAAUUGUAAAAGAACUUGUAAAAGCUAAAAAUAAUAGAUUAGAGAACCACAAUGUAACCCUUCUCAUGCAAACAUUCAAAAUUUCAUACCAUUUAGAUCAAAUUGAGGACUUCUUAGAAUCAGUAUUUGAAACUAUUCAACUUGCUAAACUGAAAAUUAUUCCCAGAAACUUUCUAUAUAAGAGCGAGCUUAAACUUAUCAAGGACAAAUUAGAAGAACAACACGUAGAGUUCAUUAAUACAGAUCAGGUUUACGAGCUUUUAGAUAUCAUAUCAGUCUUCAAAGACAAAACAUUAUAUUUCAUCAUACUCAUACCCCAACUAGAACCUUCCAGCUUCAACCAACUACUCUUAGAGCCAGUACCUAUCAACGGUAGAACGAUGAAGAUACCUACAACAUCAGCACUAUUCGGAAUAAACUCAACGUUUUUCAUCAAAAGGGAUUGUCGAGCAAUCGAAACAAACACUUUAUGCAACCGGAACGACCUCAAGGAUGUUUCCACAGAUAACUGCUUUUCAAAAAUUCUAAGAGGAUACCCAGUAUCCUUUCAGUGCUCCUUGUUACCUCAUACAUCAUUAUCAGGAGACGUUCAACAACCAUUCCAAUAAUCGUAUCGGGACGAUACGAUCUUAAAUGGGGAGCAGUUACCAACCAACCCACCACGUCACAUCAAGUUGGCAACGAUAAAACACCAAACAUCCUACAAACACUAUUUGGCCCGAAUCAUCAAAAAGCAUCAACCCCAACAACCACGUGAGCGACCGGCAAACGCAUAACAGCCUACAGCACAUUUACCUUUUGACGAUAAACUGCGGCAUCAACAAAAUAACAUCCGGACAACGACGAC